AUGGGCAUCAGGGCCGCGUGGAAAGAGGACCUACAAGCAACACCGGCGGAAAUGGUCUACGGAGAACCAAUUCGGUUACCAGGACAGUUUCUCAACGAAGCCGACAGCGAAACAGACACUUCGGAAGGAUUCGUAAAGGACCUGAAGAAAGCAAUGAAAAGCCUGCAACCAAGAGUAAGAAGACACGGACAAAAAGCCACGUUUGUAUUUAAAGACUUAGCCACGACACAACAAGUUUUCUUACGACAUGACGCGCCGACGAAAACGCUACAACCGCCGUACGACGGACCAUACAAGGUCCUAAACAGAGGAGAAAAAACGUUUAAAAUCCUCAUCAACGGGCGAGCCAUCAAUGUGUCAAUCGAUAGAUUAAAACCCGCUUACAUUUUGGAACCAGAAGGAACGGAACAAAAUCAGAGCACAACAGAACAGACACCCAAGGUAUCCAACGAGAAACGGACGAGAAGCGGACGAAUAUCACGUCCACCAGUCCGAUUCCAAGGACUUUAA